AAAAUAAAAUGAUACUGUAUUAAUAAAUUAAUUAAUGUUAAAAGUAUAUUUUCGCCAUAAACACACAAAAAAAUUCUUGUUUUCAUCUGAAAAUCGAGGUUAAGACCUUUUUUGAGACAAUGGAAGUCAAUUUAGAUAAAUCUAAUGAAGAUGAUAUGUGGGCUCAAACAAUUUUUACAAUAAUACCUCAAGAAAAUGGAACACUUCGUGAAAUAAAUGAAGAAACACAAAUUUCGGGAAAUUCUAUAAAUAAUAAAUUAGAACUCGAUGAUAAUAAUAUUAUUCAUGUGCAAAAAAUUGAAAGUCCUGGAAAACAUUUUAUUGAUCCCGCAGAAUUAAAUCGAAAGCCAUUUGCCGAAAUUGAAUGUCAAACUUAUAUUCAAGAUAUUCAGAAAAUUCAUAUUCCUAUUGAACUAAAAGACGAGGCAUGUCAAACAUUCUACAUUGGAAAACAACAUCCCGUUGAAAAUAUUGUCAAAAAUGUCAUUGUCCCUAUUAGCAAAAAGUCCAUUCCCAUUCUCAAGACAGGGGAAAAAUCACAAACAAUCAUCACAUUCAAUGGCAAUGAUUAUUCUCUUGAAAAAUUAAUUGAUAAACUUUUCACAAAUCAUGAUCAAAGAAAUUCAGAAAUCACAAAUUUAUCAAUUAUCAAUGAAAAUAUUUCCGAAAUUGAAGCCUGGCAUUGUUUAAAUUACAUAAUUGAGCGAGUAUUUUGGAAUUCUGAUCCCGAGGAGCCAAUAAUCGAAUAUAAAAAUAUCGAAACACUGACCGAUAUUGUUUUUAAUUUAAAAACGGGAAAAGUAAUAUUCAAUCAAGAAACACAAACACAAUUAACAUGUGAACCAAAAAAUUCCAAUUCAAAAUUACUUGACGACUAUCUUAAUGCAAAACAUUUUGUGAUGAAUUAUCUUGAAGAUUGUUUAUCGAAAGGCGUCUACGACAGGAUAAUAAUUGAUGAUGUUUUUGAUGAAAUUUUAGAUAAUUGUUCAAGGGAAAUUCGAUUUCCCUUUUUGGAUAAUGAGGUUCAAACAUUGGCCUCUUAUAAAUUCACUGUGGAAGGUGGUGAUGAGGAUAUUUUGAAAAAAUUGAGACGUCCAGUGGCAGUUGAUCCCGAGGAGUCGAGAAAUGUUAUUAAUCUUCUUUUAAUCGAAGACAUUAUUGAAGCAAUUUUUGUUACGAUUGCAAAAGAAGCUGAAGCUAUUGUUAAAAAUAUUUUGUGUUUCCUAAUCAGAAAUUCUAUUCUAUUUGCGAUACAUUUGCAAGAAAAACCAAAACUUAAGAAAUCUAAACCAUUGGAUAAAGUAUUCAUUGAAAGAAAAAAAAUGUUAGCAAAACGUGAAAAACCAAAAACGGAAACAAUAGCUACACAAACAAAAUUAGCUGGAGUUCCGGAAGUAAAGAAACUUGAAGAUUUAGUAGAAUCAACAAUUCUUUGUUCGGCUUGUGCCACUGAAUCUAAAUGUCAUUUUUGCACUAAUAAUAAUGAAUCACAAAAUGAUUAUUUCAACUUUUCAAAACAAAUGGAAAUUCAACAAACGCAAGAUAUUCUUUUAACAUAUAAACCAUGUUAUAUUCGAAGUACACUGCGAGAUGUUAAAAUUUACAAUUAUCAAGUUCCGAAAAAAAAUGAAAAAAUUCCCAAAAUAUGUUCAUCAAGCACAAUGAAUUCUAAAACAUCGACAAUAAUUAAUUCUUCUUCGAGCGUGAGCAGCACUAAAUCUGACGAGCCUCUGAAAAAAAUUUACAGAAAAAGUUCCCCAUGUGGUUGGUCGGAUGUCGAUAUUUCUCCCUCCAAACUUUGGUCAACUUCAGAUUCCAAAUCAUUACACAUUUCAAAUUGUGAUAAAUAUUCAACGAAAUCGACGAAUAAAAUUUCAUCAUGUUCCUUGAAUCAAUCUCAAUCCCAAAAUUUCAAAAUAAAUCCAAAAUCUCAAUGUAAUUUAACACCACAAACAGCGAUAGCUUUAAAAAUUUUUAAACGUGCAUUUUGUACCCGAGAAACUUGUCAUGGAAAUGAAAAAAUUUCUGAUAUUACAUUUUCCAAAGAAAAUUGUUGUAAAAAUAAAGUUCGCAAGCAAAUUUAUUCAAUUCAAUGUGACUAAAAAAAGGAGAAAAAAAAAUGCUCUAUUAUUUUCGAAUAAUUUUUGAAAAAUUAAAUAAAAAAAUUUAAUCUAUAAAGAAACAAAUAUUCAACGGCAUCAGAUUUUAUUGUACGGCAAUUGACAAUAGUUACAUAUUAUACAUAUAUAUAUUUAUGUAAAUGAAAAUUAUAAAAUUGUACUUUUUGCUUUGAUAAACAUUUUUUUUUUUUUUUGUAUAAAUGAUGAUGUAGAUUAAUGAUUUUCAAGGUGUCACACAAUAAAUUGACUUAUAAAUUUAAAUGCAAAAUUAAGUCUAAAUAUAUAUCGAAGAAAUUAAUUUCGUUUUUAAUAUACAAAUUAGAAUUAUCGUUGUUUCAAUCAAAUGUCGAUUUGAUAAUAAUCAUUUUGAAAAUUCUGCUUUCAUUUUAUUUUUUUCAAUUUUUUUUUUUUUUUAUUUUCAAUCCAAAAAUAUAUUUUUUUUCAAUUAAAAAUAAAUAAAAUAAUACCUCAUUUUAUGCAUUAGAAGAUUCUAUACAAUUUUAUUCGUUGAAUUUUGUUGAAAAUCAUAUUUUUGUUUAAAAAAUAUUAAACGUAUAAGAAUUUUCUUUUUUUUUUUGAAAUAUGUAAAUCAUUUUCAAUAAAAUUCAACACAAAAAUAGAGUUGUUUAAAAUGUUCCAUAGAACAAAAUAAAUAUUCAAUUUUCUCGAAUAAUUAUAAAAAAGUCUUUUUUAUUUUGAGGUUUUAUGUUUUGUUGUUGAACCUCCUCAAAUUUUAAAACCAAAUUUAAUUUUUUUUUUAUAUUAAAAAAAACCUUGUUUUGUUUUAUCGAAAAUAUUUAUUUUCGAGUUUAAUAACAACAAAAAGGAGAGAAAACAAAUCUCAAUUAUCGUUGUAUUUUCUGAACACACAAAAAUAUCGUAUUGUGUUUGAAAAAAAAAAAAAUCUUUUUUUUUUUUUUUUUAAUAUAAAAAUUUCUCACGACAAUAAUAUUGUAAUUAAACUUAAGCUAGAGAAUAUCUAAAUAAUAUUCUCUUUGUCAGUACUUUUAAAUACCAGUCAGCGUAUAUAUUCAAUUAAGUAGAUAUACAAAUUAAAAAGUGAAUAGAAAUAAUAAGUAUUACGAUUUAAAAACUAAUCAUGCAAAAACUAUAUUCUUAUUCACAAAACUAUCUUUUGAACAACAUUUUUUUUUUCUAAUAUUUGUUAGAAAAAAAUUUCGUUUUUAUUAUUAUUAUUAAAAAAAUAAAAUAAUAUCAUGGCCCUUAUCUAGAAAAUUACUAAUUAAAGAUCUUUAAUCGAUAUUACAGAGAUCUUCAGUUAUAUUAAGAUUUAUAAUUAAUGAAUCUUGAUAAGAUUAUUUCAUCAUAAAGAGAUCUUUUAAUUAUUGUUGAUCGUUAAAAAAAUCGUUGUAAAAUUUCUUCAGAAAAAUAUAUAUAUAUAUAUAUAUGAUUUAAAUAAAGAAA